AUGCCGGCCCGCGACUACCCAUCGAUAGGCGAAUAUGCAGAAGCUCAGCGAGAAUUGGGCAGCUGCCUGCCAGAAUUCCGCGCCACGAUGAUCAAGUCGUUGAGAAUCGGCGCGACGGCCGGCGUUCCCUUCGGAAUAUACGUCGCUUGGAGGUUAGGAAAAAUAUCAGUGAUAAGAAAAAUAUAUUAUGGGUAAAUGAAAAGAGACACAAAAAUUCUCACUAAAGAUCUCUCGAACGAGUAAUUAUUUCGCUCCGUCUUUUCUUGUGUUUUUUUUAGCCUACAAUAGCUUUUUCUUUAAUGAGCGUGGCUUGUGACGCGAAAUAUACGGUAGCCACGGAGGCGGGGGACGCCCUCAAUUUUGCCUAAAUUUUAGGCGUUUUAUUGAAAGACUCCCGAAAGAUGUUUGCUCGGAGCAAAAUCCUUUCAGAAUAUGCUGUUUGAACACUUCCAACUGGAAUCUUAUAUUCAAGGGAGUUGAAGAUAUUAAAAAAGCUCAGCGAGAAUCGGGCAGCUGCCUGCCAGAAUUCCGCACAGGGAAGGCAUCCAAGAAAAGUGUACUCGAAGAAAAAACAUCGUUAAAACCUGCCGCGGAAUGGACUAUAGUCCGUUCAUAUUAAACUUCCAACAGCUAACUCCGUCUCUGUGGCUACAGUUCUUUCGCGUCGAUGUUUUACCGCGCGUGAAGAUGAGCUUAUAAGAGCGUGAAAUUUUCCGAUUUUUUUGAGCUUUUUCAUUAAAGUUAUCGAAGGAUCAUCUUCCCGCGCAAUGACUACUCGAAAUUACCGCUCAAGAUUUGAAAAAAAAAUGAAAAGACUAUAUAAUUUUGCUUGAAGGCAACAUGGCCGGCAGCUGAAGCCGUUCGUCGGGAAAUCUGUCGCCACGUGGGUGACGACGACGUUGACUUUUGCCUGUUUGGGCCUGAUGGGCGGAACCUACAACUGUCUUCGCAUCAAGUUUGAUUGA